AUGGCUACGGCGGUGCCAGGCGGAGUUCCCGCCGCUGGGACCCGGAGGGUCCGCGACGAAAGCGAGAGGUCCCGGCCACCGGAUCUGCCGGCCGGCGACACGCGGGAGCUUCUGGAGGAGGUGGAGAUGCAGAUCGGCGAUGCCGCCUUCUCUCUGGCGAAGAUCCUGGAGGCAACGUCGGCUGUGUCGGCUCAGGUAGAGGAGCUCGCCACCAAGUGCUCGGAGAACGCCCGGUUCCUCAGAACAUGGCGGGACCUGCUGAGGGAGGGGUACGAGUCCCUGAAGCCAAGCGGCUGACCCUGUCCCACGGUGGCUCCUCCGAGUCACGCCGAGCUGCCUGUAUCGGACUGGAACGCGAUGGGUUUUUUCAAAUAGUUCUUUUUAGGGAGCUCGCAUAGGUUUUGGUUUUCCCUCAGCAGCUUCCCAUGAACAGGGAGUGCUUUCAGAAAUACUUGAUGCUUGCAUGGAUGUUGUAUGUAAGUCACUGA